GGCGGGCGGGACGCGGGGCGGGCGUGCGUGGGUCUCCUCUGGAGAUCCCGGAGCCUCCGGCUCCGCCCUGCGCUUCUCCGUGGGCUGGGGCCGGGCCGGAGGGAGCAGCCCCGGCCGCCGCCGCCGCCCCUCGCCAUGCCGCAGCCGUAGGCAGCCCCGCGGCUGCUGACAGCCUUCGGCCUCCGCGGCCUCCGGGCGGCGCGGCGGCGGGCUCGGCCCGGCCCGGCCCUGCCCUGCCCGAUGGGCAGCCUCCUGAGCGGGGUCAGCUUCAAGGAGCCCACCACGGUGGAGGACUGCGACUCCACCUGGGAGACCGACUCGGAGCCCGAGGAGGAGGAAGCGGCGGCGGCGGCGCAGCCCGGCGGAGAGCCGCGGCGGCAGGAGGGGGUGUGCACCGCCGCGGGAGGCGGGGAAGAGCCGGCCGAGCUGCCCGCCGCAGACUGCCGGCCCCCGGAGCCGCCGCCGGAGGAAGGGGGCCGGGCUGAGGCGGACGCCGCCAACCCCGAGCAGAGUGGUGAUGGAACUGAGCUGACAGCCAAGCCAAAGAGAAGCUUCUACGCAGCCAGAGAUUUAUACAAGUACCGACACCAGUAUCCACAGAACUUCAAAGACCUUCGCUAUCAGAAUGAUUUGUGCAACCUCCGCUUCUACAAGAACAAGAUCCCCUUCAAACCCGAUGGGGUUUAUAUUGAAGAAGUCUUAAAUAAAUGGAAAGGAGACUAUGAAAAACUGGAACAUAACCACACUUACAUCCAGUGGCUUUUCCCACUGAGGGAACAAGGUCUCAACUUCUAUGCUAAAGAAUUAACAACCUAUGAAAUUGAGGAGUUCAAGAAGACAAAAGAAGCAAUUAGAAGGUUUCUUUUGGCUUACAAAAUGAUGUUGGAGUUUUUUGGCAUCAAACUGAUUGAUAAAACUGGAAAUGUAGCACGAGCUGCUAACUGGCAAGAAAGAUUUCAGCAUCUCAAUGAGUCUCAACACAACUACUUGAGGAUCACUCGGAUUCUGAAGAGUCUUGGUGAGCUUGGCUAUGAGAGUUUCAAAUCUCCCCUGGUAAAAUUCAUUCUUCACGAGGCUCUGGUGGAAGAUACCAUUCCCAACAUCAAGCAGAGUGCUCUGGAAUACUUUGUGUACACUAUUAGAGACCGGCGAGAAAGGAGAAAACUCCUGAGGUUUGCCCAGCAACAUUACACUCCCCCAGAGCAUUUCAUCUGGGGACCCCCAAGGAAACAAAAGGCAGAGGCAAACAAACCAAACAAAAAGCCAGCAUCCCCAGUUUCUACUCACAACAGUUGCAUCUCCAGGCAUAAGAAAGCAAAAGAGCCUAAGAACGCAGGGAGUGGAAGCUCAGCUGGGAAACCAACUGAAGAGAGAAAGGCAGAACUCACCAAAAAAGGGGAAGACAAUGAGCAGGGUGAAGAAGAACUGAGCUGUGAUGCUGUUGGGCAGAACAGCAGUGAAAAGAACAGUGAUGCUGAUAGUGCUCAGCAUUCAAAGGCAGAAGAGCCUCCUGGUUCCAGUCCAAGCAGAAAGGAGGACGCUUCCCAUUCCAAAAGAGAUGAUGGAAACCUGAGCAAUGACUCAGGCACUGUAGAGAAAGAUUCAUGUGGCACUGAGGACUCCUCAGGUAACACAGCAGCAGAGCUACAAGAUCAGCUUGCUAAGGGUACACCAUCAGAGGGGACCACCACAAAACCCAAGGAUGAGCUCAAGUCUUGAGCCUGAGGUUAAACCAAACACCAAAUCCUUCUUUCACGUUGAAUGAAGCAAUCUUUUCACUUCUCCUUCAUUGGGGGGGGGGGGAGGGGCUGAAUUUUUCCAUCUGGUGUAGUAUAAAAUGUCCCUGAGACCCUGCUUGUUGCAAAUGCAUCAGAUAAGGCUUCUCUUAGGUUAAUGAAUUUUGGGUUGGUUCAUUUGCUUUUACAACCCUGAGUUUAUCAGCAGUCAGCCAGGUGUGGCUCUUUAAAACAUUGGGGGCUAAUCAAAGCUAAAUUCAUUAUCUUCUCCAGCCAGAUUACACAGGGAAAAAAUAACCUUACCCUUUUUUUUGCCACUGCCUUCACCCAUGGGAGGGAGGGGGGUUAAAAAAAACCACCCCAAACCAACCAACCAAGCUGACUGAGUAGGAAGCCUUGGAACAUGAGGAUUUUUAAGUUGCUUUUGAUAUGCUUUACAUGAUGAUUUAUGAAGUGACUAAAAAUCCUUUCAGGA